AUGGCAUACCUUACUCAGCAAUACCCUUACCUAAUGCGGCCAACAAACAAAGAGCCUCAAUGGGCAACCGUCUAUGAUGACUUGUUCAGCCAAUACGUGGACAUCGACACCGACGACUUCGAAUUCGGCGCCAGCAGUUCAGACGAAGCAAGCAACAAUGAAAUCCACGAAGAACACUUCACCGACAGUGGCGACAGCAGUUCCUCCGAAGCAGCAGCAGCUAGACGCCUUUCAGACGACUUCUGGGCCAGAACACUUGCCAUGCUGGAAGAAAGCGCCUCGAGCUUGGAACAACAGCAAGACGGCACACAACAAAGAGAACAGCAACACACGCUUUCGCCCGCCGCUUCUUUCUACAAUACAAAGAAUGCUCCACAUGCGGAUUUUCUCAGCCUUGGUGGGUUCCCCAGUCCGCACAUUUCUAAUGUUCCAUCAUCGCCUUCGGUGGAAGCAGCGGCCAGGCGCCGCAAAGCAAUCAAAUACCAACGAGAACGCUGUGCAAAGACGCCUGAAAGACCUGUUGGCGUCACCAAAGCCUAUCGCUCGGCCAGCAAGUCGCCAAAGAUGAUGUCGCCAUCGCGUUACAGGGCAGGUGCCCAAGACGCCGGGAUCGAAAGCAUCUACCAAACCCCCAGCAGAAUGAUCAGCAUGAACUUGCCUGUCAGAAGCAUACCUUUGACUCCUCCUUCCAGCGGAAGAAGCAAGCCUGCAGUUGGACUCGGUUUUCAAAGCUUCAACGAACUAGACGCUUCGCCGUUCCAACCAUUCAGCAACUAUGAUGAUCCAACGUCUCCCUUCACAAACACCUUCAAUGCACAGAAUAUGCCUAGACAACUCUACAGCCCUGAAGCUUCACCNCUCACCAGCCCCAGCGUUGAACGCGGAGCCCUGUUCGCCGACGAACCCACCGUCUUCCGCGAUAUCUACUACGGAGCACCUUCCACCGCAGACGCCUACAACAAGUCAGCAUGGAGCGCAAACUCUUUCGGUGCCGAGGACAUCUACGAGCCUUCUCCCACAUUCAGCCCAUGGAUGGCGAGUGAGAAGAAAGAGGCAGAGUACCAAGCCUCGUUGACCAAUUUCCAAGUCCAUGGCGGCUUGUUGCCAGUAUACAACGAUCCGACUUUGGCACCUGCGUUUACAGAAGAGCCAUUGGUGGCAGAGGCUGUACCCUACUACACCACUGCCGCAUACACCACCGCCAUAAGANNAGAGAAUCAAGCACACCUUCUCCACCAAGAAACCGCAUCACAAAGCGCAAUUCAUCCUCCAAACCCCACAGCCGCAAAUCAAGUAGCGAGCACAAAUCCUCCAGCCGCACAACCAAAUCCGGUGGGNUUUGUAAACUACACACCCUCAGACAGCGAAAAACUGCUCACCGGUGUUGCGCCUUCAGGAAGCAGCAAGACCAAAGCCAGACGUGAGAGAGAAGCCGCAGAGAGAUGGAGGAGAUUCAGUCAAGCAGCAGCAAAGGCCGUCGCUGAAGCCGGUGGCGACAUUGCGCCAGUGGCAAACAUGUUGCCGGUAUCCACAAAUUGCACAGGUCCCUCAGUAGGGAAAAAUUGGUGA